GAACUGGCCGCAGACACACGGAGGCAGGGUACGCCAACCAAUUCGAAGGCAGCAUUCGUCAUCCAAUGAGCAGGAAGCAUGGGCUGGCCCCAGACCCAGGAAGUAGCGGGGUUGGAGGUCAUUGACAGAGAAGGAUGAGUGCUGUGAGUCGGUGUGUCCGGGCUGUGAUAAAUGAGUGCUUGGCUGCGCGGCCCCGGCAGUCAUAUACUGCCAUCUGGAAUUGUGUCAGAUCUACUAGCAGUAUCUCGCAGGAAAGUAACAACACUAAAAAAACAGCUUUAAAAAAACCAAAAACACCCCAGGGUCGGUUUGAUGAAGCUGAGCAAUCGAACACGGAGAAAGGACCACUGGAAAAAUUCCCUGAUGAUAUAAAUCCUACUACUAAGGAGAAAGGUGGGCCCAGAGGACCAGAACCUACUCGCUAUGGAGACUGGGAGAGAAAGGGUCGAUGCAUUGACUUUUAAUGUGGCCAUCUAUAGAUAUAGUCAAGCUUGGACCAAUGUAACUAUGCAUAUACCAUACCUGGCCGAUGCACCUGGAAGCUGGAAAUCAUUGGAGUAAAUAAAUCACUGAAUCAGAUGAAUGGGCUGAAAAUCGCACAAGAACGCAGCGGUUUAGUAUGCUGGCAGCUCUGUUUGCUUUCUGUGUGCCCUAGUGAUGGCCUGUGUUAAUCUAAUGUGGUGAAACGCUGGUCACCUAUGUGAACAGGGCCUAAAUGUUCUUUUAGAUGUAGACCCCUUUUGUCUGAUUCUGAAACCUCUAGUGUAUGGUAAACUGAAGCAGGUUUCAUUACAUUGCUGUAAACUAAAUUUCAAACUGCCACGAGAGACUGCUCGGUGAACUACUGCUGUUUUGGGGUUUGAUACGGCAGAAGGAAAUGAAUUUCACUAAAUAUCACAAAGUUUAGUAAUAAAUCUGUAAACUAAAAAUCA